ACAAACGAAGGUCCCGUCACACACACACGUCUACUCCGUGACCCGUCGAAUCCAGCGUCACUCCAGCCGCGAUCCAAUCCGAGCUCAGCUGUUUGGAUUUAUGCCAGGGCUUCCAGCCUCCUAAGACUUAUUGGUACAACCUGGCCUGGGCCUUGUUUUUAUUUUCCUACACGUCGACACCUCAGCCGAGCCGAACAUGCCCUACACGCCGUCCGGCUUUUUCUGCGACCGUCUGAUCCGGGAGCGCGAGCGGCGCGACGGGGAGGGGUCCCUGGGCAAGCCGCUGCGCUUCAGCGGGCAGGACUUCGCCGCGCUCAAGCAGGAGUGCCUGCAGAAGAAGAGCCUGUUCGAGGACGACACCUUCCCCGCCACCGUGGAGUCCCUGGGCUACAAGGAGCUGGGGGCCAAGUCCAACAAGGUCAAGAACAUCGUCUGGAAGAGGCCCAAGGAAAUCUGUGAGAACCCUGAGUUCAUUGUGGGCGGAGCCAGCAGGACAGACAUCUGCCAGGGAGACCUGGGGGACUGCUGGCUGCUGGCUGCCAUCGCCUGCCUCACGCUGUACGAGAAGCUGCUGUACCGCGUUGUUCCCCAGGAGCAGAGCUUCUCCGAAGGAUACGCCGGUGUCUUCCACUUCCAGUUCUGGCGCUAUGGCGACUGGGUGGAUGUUGUCAUUGACGACCGCAUCCCCACCUUCAACAACCAGCUGGUGUUCACCAAGUCUGCCGAGAGGAAUGAGUUCUGGAGCGCCCUGUUGGAGAAGGCCUACGCCAAGCUCCACGGCUCGUACGAGGCCCUGAAGGGAGGCAACACCACGGAGGCCAUGGAGGACUUCACCGGGGGGGUGACCGAGUUCUACGAGAUGAAGGAGGCCCCGAAGGAGCUUAACAAGAUCAUGAAGAAGGCCCUGGAGAGGGGCUCGCUCAUGGGCUGCUCCAUCGAUUCCCUGGUCCCGGCCCGUUUUGAGACCCGGACCACCACUGGCCUGGUGAAGGGCCACGCCUACUCUGUGACCGCUGUGCAGGAGUGCAAGCACACCACGACCAAGGACUCCAAGGUGCGCCUGGUGCGCCUCAGGAACCCCUGGGGCCAGGUGGAGUGGACCGGCCCCUGGAGCGACAACUCCAAGGAGUGGACCUCCCUCUCCAAGGUUGAGAAGGAGAAGCUCCAGCACCAGAAUGCCGAGGACGGAGAGUUCUGGAUGUCCUUCGAGGACUUCAAGAAGAACUUCACCAAGAUCGAGAUCUGCAACCUGACCCCUGACGCCCUGGAGGACGACAAGAUCCACAAGUGGACCGUGUCGGUGAACGAGGGCCGCUGGGUGAGGGGCUGCUCCGCCGGGGGCUGCCGGAACUACCCAGACACCUUCUGGACCAACCCGCAGUACCGCCUGCGUCUGCUGGAGGAGGACGACGACCCCGAGGACAACGAGGUGGCCUGCUCCUUCGUGGUGUCCCUGAUGCAGAAGAACCGCAGGAAGGAGCGCAAGAUGGGCGCCAACCUCUUCACCAUCGGCUUCGCCAUCUACGAGGUGCCCUGGCAGAUGCACGGCAACAAGCAGCACAUGCAGAAGGACUUCUUCCUGGCAAACUCGUCCAAGGCCCGCUGCAAGUCCUACAUCAACCUGCGCGAGGUGACCCAGCGCUUCCGCCUGAGCCCCGGGGAGUACGUCAUCGUGCCCUCCACCUACGAGCCCCACCAGGAGGGCGAGUUCCUCCUGCGCGUCUUCUCCGAGAAGAGGAACACCUCAGAGCUUUGCCCUUGCUGCCGUGGUGACUGCUCUUCAUUGGUUUCCAGGGAGAUAGAGAACAGGAUCGAAGCAGACCAUCCAGUGCCUGCUCCUGCCUCUGCGGUGGGGGAAGAGAGCGAAGAGGACCAGAAAUUCCGGACGAUUUUUCAGGAGAUAGCUGGAGACGUGAGUGAAGGCGUUCUAUGUGUCUACGAGAUGGAGAUCACAGCCAACGAGCUGAAGAACCUGCUCAACAAAGUCGUCUCCAAGAACCAGGAGCUGAACACGGAGGGCUUCAGUCUGGAGACGUGUCGGAGUAUGAUCGCCCUGAUGGACAUGGACGGCACCGGUCGGCUAAACCUCCAGGAGUUCAGACACCUGUGGAACAAGGUCAAACAGUGGCAGGGGAUCUUUAAGCACUACAGCGUGGAGCAGUCUGGGAGCAUCAGCAGCUACGAGAUGAGGAAUGCCGUCAACGAUGCCGUCAUGUGUUUUGUGUCCCGUCCAGGCUACCGUCUCAAUAACCAGCUUUACGACAUCAUCACCAUGCGCUACGCCAACGAGAGCAUGAACAUCGACUUCGACAGUUUCAUCAGCUGCCUCGUACGCCUGGAGGCAAUGUUCACUUUCCAGGCCUUCGAUCAGGACGGAGAUGGAUCCAUCCGGCUCAGCGCUCUGGAGUGGCUCCAGCUGACCAUGUACGCCUAGGACGCCGCCAACGACCUCCAUGUGACCCCCGUUCCACGGGGGACCAGAAGGCCCGGCCCCCUUACCUCAGUACCCCCGUUAGGUCCGACAUCACUUCCUGUCUUUCCUCCCUGGGGCCUGAGCUGGCAACAACACCUACUACUACUACGACCACCUUCGUCAUCGUCACUUCCCCGCCUCCCUCCUCUUCCUCUUGGCAUCACUUCACACUGCAUCAGUCCGCCUCAAGUCCUCUUCUGUGUUCCUCUCAGGCAUUAAAACACAAACUCAAACCUCCGCCGUGACUCCUCGCUUCGCUAGUGCCCGGUUAGCCGUCGUCGCUGACAGGUCGUCGGCAUGAAUGUGGCGAACAGGUUGGACUUGAGAUGUUCUGCGGGCGUUUCCAUAAAAGCUUUGGUCAAAUAACUGUGUACUGCAUUUCAACAGUUAACCCCCCCCCCCCCCACUCUGCGUUCCUUCUCAAGAUUUCUUCCUUUCCAAUGAGGGGAGUUUUUUUUCUUACCCUCUGGGGGCCUAUCAGGGGGGUGUCAUAAAUAUAUGGCCUGUUAAGCCUUUUGAGAUUGUACCUGUGAUUAAGGGCUAUACAAAUAAAGUUGAAUUGAAUUGAACCCAAUAAAGAACGACAUGGUAUUUGGACAAUUGGA